AUGGAGGUAGAAUUAGGGUUAUCAAAGCAACAAAGUAUGGAACAACCUAUUGCUGUUCAUAAUGUUAAUAAUUCAAUGAUCUUCGAAAGACAUGUGGAAGAACAAGUUCAUAUUUUAAAUUCCAAUAGCCCAAUUGUUCAUAGAAGUAGUAGUGCUUUAAAUUUACCAAAUGCUGAUGAAAAUGAUGAAGCUAUUUCAUUUACAGAUUCAAAUUUAUUACGAAGUAGACAGAAUAGUUUUGCAUCGAUAAAUGCAAGAAAAUAUAGUAACGGUAAUUUAAGUUUAUUAAGAGUUCCUUCGAAUUAUAGUACGUCAUCUGUAUCAUCGACAGUGACAAAUUCAAAUACAAAUAAUAUAUCUUCGACACCACAUCAUCAUAGACAUUUAGAAAAUUUUGUGCCCCCAAUGUUAGACGCUGGUUGUUCGAUGGUAAAUGAUGCAAAGACAAACCUAAAUGACAUUGAUAUGUUAGUCCCAGAAAGACCCUCUUCUACACUAGGGUUGGAACUGGCUCUAGGUAGAUCUAGAUCUUACUCUUCUAACAAUAUUUUCCAAACUUCAAAUUCAAAUUCAAUGGAACAAUCAUUUAUGGAACAAAAUAUCCCAUCAAAGCAUAAUAAUAACUCAGAUAAUAGAGAAAACGUCCAAAAUCCAUUGUCAAGAUCUUAUUCAUACAACUUAUCAUCAAAUAGAGAUAGCAGAACUUCUAUUCCAUCUUUACAAACACGUUCAGAAACUUCGGAAGCUAGUCUCAAUUCUUCGAAUUUAUCAAAUAACCUAAGGUCUCCUUUAGGAUCACCUGAAACUGGUAGUAGAGUCUUGAGCUGUUAUUCGUAUGCAGAUGUUUUACUGGAUGAAAUAACGGAUAAUACAAAUAAGUCCCUACAAAGUCAUCCAUCACAGGUACAAUUACAAAGAAACUUGUCUACUCCUUUCAUUGUGAGAAGAGAUUCAAAUUCGAGUCUCAACAAGAGAAUUCUGACAAACACAUCACGUUCUCCAACUAAUUCAGCCAAUCCAUCCAGUUCUUUCAUAGGUUUAAAUCAAAUUAGGUCACCAAGAAGUAAUAUCACUAAUGCAAAUAUUAAUAUGAAUAAUCCAUUGAUCAAUACAAAUAAUUUAAGGCAAUUUAGUUCGAAGUUUCAAAUUGGUGAAGAUGAUAAUAUUUCAGAUUAUGAUGGAUUGGUAAAAUUUUCAGAUGGAAUUUAA